AUGGUGAGGAAAACUACUGUAGCUGUUUGUACCCUCAACCAGUGGGCUAUGGAUUUUGAAGGUAACAUGAACCGAAUUUUACAAAGUAUCCAAAGUGCAAAGGCAGCUGGAGCAAGAUACAGAGGAGGUCCAGAACUUGAGAUUCCUGGAUACACUUGUGAAGAUCAUUUUCUGGAGUCUGACACAGUUACACAUUCUUGGGAAGUGCUUUUAGCUAUUUUAAAUUCACCCAUUAGUCAAGAUAUUAUAGUUGAUGUUGGGAUGCCUGUAGUUCAUCGAAGUUGUACUUAUAACUGUAGGGUAGUUUUUUAUAACAAAAAUAUUCUACUCAUACGUCCAAAAACCCUACUAUGUGAUGAUGGAAAUUAUAGAGAAUCUCGAUGGUUUUCUUCAUGGAGAAAGAUAAAACAAAUUGAGGAAUUUCGUUUACCACAAUUUAUCACUAAUUCCACUGGACAAUCAACAACUGUCAUUGGGGAUGGAGUGAUUGCAACCCAAGACACAUCUAUUGGCUUUGAAAUAUGUGAGGAGCUCUGGAAUCCUCAGAGUUCACACAUACCUCUAUCUUUUGAUGGUGUAGAAAUUAUUGUGAAUAGUUCAGGAUCCUAUAUGGAACUAAGAAAAGCUUAUGUCACUGUGGAAUUAGUGAAGUCUGCUACCUUCAAAGCUGGAGGCUGCUAUCUUUUUAACAAUCUUCGUGGUUGUGAUGGAGGUCGUGUCUAUUUUAAUGGUUGUUCUUGCAUUGCAUUGAAUGGUCAAAUAUUAGCUAAGACACAACAAUUUUCCCUACUAGAUGUUGAAGUUGCAGCAGCUACAGUAGACUUAGAUGAUGUAUCUAGCUAUCGCAAUUCAACUCGUUCUCGAUGUUACAUGUCCUCUGUUGAAUCUCAAGCUUAUCCUCAGGUCAAAGUUGAUGUUUUUAUGUCUGUAGAACUGUCCUCUGCAUCCUUAUCUUUCCCAAUUACAUGGCAGUAUCACACACCUGAAGAAGAAAUAGCUCUUGGACCAGCAUGCUGGUUGUGGGAUUAUCUUAGGCGAUCUGGUCAAGGAGGGUUCUUCCUCCCAUUAAGCGGAGGAAUUGAUUCUGCAAGUUCUGCUGUAAUAAUUUAUUCAUUGUGCAAUCUCAUAGUUCAAUAUUCUCAAAUUUCAGAUGAAGUAUUGGAUAAUGUUAGAAAGAUUGUUUCUGAUCCCAAAUACUGCCCAACUGAUGCUAAGGAACUUUGUGGUAGAAUUUUCUUCACAUCUUACAUGGCGACUGAGAACUCAUCUAGUGAAACAAAAAUGAGAGCUAAGCAACUUGCACAUCAAAUCGGUAGUUAUCAUAUUGAAGUAAACUUAUCUGCUGCUGUGACUGCUUUGUUGAAUGUCUUCAGUCUAGUAACGGGAAUGAAACCCAGAUUUUCUGUCCAUGGCGGUUCUCCAAGAGAAUGUUUAGCUCUUCAAAAUGUUCAAGCUCGCAUAAGGAUGGUUAUGUCUUAUCUAUUGGCUCAACUGUUGUUGUGGGCUAGAGGCCGACCUGGUGGACUGCUAGUUGUUGGAUCUGCUAAUGUCGAUGAAGCUCUUCGUGGAUAUAUGACUAAGUACGAUUGUAGCUCUGCAGAUGUUAAUCCUAUUGGAGGUAUAUCUAAAACAGAUCUGAGGUCAUUUAUAUGUUAUGCUAAAGACAGAUAUAACUUGAGUUCCCUUGAGUUGAUUCAGUCUGCUCCAGCAACAGCUGAACUCCUUCCUCUCUCUGAGGGUACUAUUGUCCAGACAGAUGAGGCAGAAAUGGGUUUAACAUACGAAGAAUUAUCGUGUAUGGGGAGGUUAAGGAAGUCUAGUCGAUGUGGUCCUCUUUCUACAUUCAACAAACUUAUUCAUGUUUGGAAGAAUAAGACUCCACAAGAAAUUGCAGAAAAAGUGAAGCAUUUUUAUAGGUGUUAUGCUUUGAACAGACAUAAAAUGACUGUACUUACUCCAUCUGUUCAUGCUGAAAGUUAUUCUCCUGAUGAUAAUCGUUACGAUUUGAGACAGUUUCUUUAUUCCAUCUCUUGGAGAUGGCAGUUUUCAGCUAUAGACAAACAGGUUCAAGCUCUUAGUUCUUCAUGCACUGAUGGUUUAUUUGGAACUACACCUACUGUAAAAAGUAGGAAAUUGAAGAGUAUUAACAGUGACAACAAAAGUGGUGUAAUUGUGUAA